AUGUCGUCUGGUGCACCCGACUUUGAUGGCGCCGAGUUCGCACAGUCCGAUAUGCGACUGCUCCUAUCGGACGUCGAGUACAAGCUCACGCUGGUCCCAAAGGGGUACCCAGACUGGCAGCGGGUCACGGCACCCACGCUCGAGACCCGCAUCCCCUUCGUGGACGAGACCGGUGCCGCUCUCGACCCGGCUCGUCUACGCCGUCAUACCAACGACGGCACCCCUCCCAUUUCCGCCAUGGGUAUCCCAAGUGCGUCUUCCCUCGCACCUCGCACUCCUGCUCUGAACACGAGACUCGUCCAGCCAGACGAGGGCUCGGUCCACGCCAUGACGACGCUUGUGUAUCGCAAGACGUUGGACCCAGUCGCAGUCCAUUACAAGAUCGGGAAGAAGACUUGUGUCUUUCUUCCCGAUAUCUUACAGGCUCAGACGCAAUUUGUGAUCGGAGGUGCCGAGGAGCACCCCAGGUGGCUGCAGCUUGGCGACCUGCAAACUGGGGCGCCGCUGGAGCAAGCCGUCGCCGCUCUCGACAAGGCCCAGGAAGAGGGAAGGGGGAAGGGGUGGGGAGCCGCUGGGGCGAGGCGAUCGCUGCGCAGUGGCAACAGCGCGCAUAACGUGGGUGUAGAAAGUGAGUUGAAGCUCUCUCGGGCUUCUUACACUGCACUCUGUUCUUGGUCCGGAGACUAA